AUGUCAACGCACCAAGAUGUUUUCUCUGCACAUCGGACUCCAGAGAUACUCCAUCUGACAUGCCCAACCAGCGCCGAGGCGCACCCGAUCGCCUCGAUGCUUGAAGUCAACGCAAUCCAUGACCCCUUCACUGCCUGCCUUCCGACAGAAAUCGCCUCACGGAUUCUCACGUUCUGCGCGGAUGACGAACAAGAAAUUGGAAGGCGCAUCCCCCUGGCUCUUUCCGCCGUUUCAAGGAAGUGGCGAGAUAUCGCGCAAUCCACCCCUGCAUUAUGGACCUCGAUUCGCCUCGAAUUCAACUCGGCUCCGAUUCAGUCCUCGUAUGAGGAGACGCUCCGUCAUUGGCUCUUGCUCUCCUCUCAGCGACCACUCUCCAUCCAUUUCAGCAUCGACGAAGACUUUGAUAGGGAAAAUCCCCUCGAGAUACAGGCUUACCGCGCAAUUAUCGAUAUCCUCAAUGUACACUCUUAUCGCUGGGAAAAACUCUUCCUGCAGAUUCCCCUCCAUCUGCUCAAUCUCUUUUGCAGCCAGAUUCGCGGCACCCCCGCUCUACGCUGGCUUUCUAUAAACUCGCACCCUUCUAUAGACUCUCACCCCGACGACGUCGACGACGCUCAGAUUGCGAAGUUUAAUCUCGGAGGCCCUCUUCCCACCCCUCGAACGGUCUCGAUUUAUGCGUGCAGAUUACGCAGGAUUCGGAUCGAUUGGACGAAGGUCACUCAUGUGCAGAUGUUCGUCGCUUACAUUAGUGAAUGUCUCACACUGUUUGCAACAGCGCCUCGACUCCGUGAAUGCAAACUCAUAAACGUCCGACACGACGACAGCGCGUAUCCCAGCACACCCAUCGUCCAUCACCACCUCCUCAAAUUGGAGAUAGCGAUGGCCUGGCUCAACUCGACGACACCCUUGUUCGACCAUCUUUGUUUCCCAUCCUUGGAAUCCCUACGGUACAGUUGCGAUAGCCAGCCAUUGGACCCUCUCCACUCGUUCCUCAUUCGAUCCUCCGCUCCUCUCAAGUUCCUGCGCAUCAAUGAAGAUGACUUCUUCCACUACGGAAACAAGCUCACCGACCUCUUAUGGACGAUACCGAGUUUAGAGGAAUUCGAAUUAUACGGUGCCCGCCGUUACGAGAAGUUCUGGGAACUCUUAGCGACCUAUUCAGAGGGCAGUCUCACAGAGCAAUUCUUGCCGAUGUUAACGAGUCUUUCCCUGGAUUCCAUAAGCAACGACGACGGGGAAUACAAUAUUCUGGAAAUCUGCGAAGCCCUCAAGGUGCGGGCGUCCCGCGAUCGCGCAAAUCGUGAACUCGGUGUCCUCAAGCGGUUGAACUGGGACGUGAACAUACUGGACCACCAUCAUGAGUAUUACCUCGAGGAAGAGACUCUCCAGUUUUUCGAACGGCUCAUCGCAGAUGGUCUUGAUUUCAAGAUCACUAACUUGCAGUUUGACGGCCUUGCGAUGCUGUCCACGUAUUUCGUCUUCACGCUUGAUAGCUACUUGUGGUAA